UGAUAGCUGAAAUUUAUGAAGGAAAGACUGAAACAUUUCUGCGUGCCAAGCCAUGUGUGUGGCGUAAUCUCGACAAAAAAAAGUGAUGAAUUAAGUCAAAUUAAUUUCUGUUUUGAACUGGAGAGUGCUAAAAUUGUCUUUAGAAUGGCUAUGAUGGUUUUAUUUGAACAUGCAUCAGGCUACGGCUUGUUUGCAGUCAAGGAGUUUGAGGAGGUCUCUGUCCUUCAUCAUCAAGUCCAGGAAUCUGUGACAGACUUUGGAAAGUUUGCCUCUUUGAUCAAGCUUCAGGCCUUCUCACCUUUCAAAUCGGGGGUCAACGCACUUGACAAUAUCAACAGCAUCUCAGAAGGUGUGAUGACAGAAGACCUGAAACUCUUCCUGGAGACCAAUAUGCCAGAGAGCUCUAAGAAGAGGAAGAAGAUCACAUUGGGUGUAGCUGAUGGAAAGAUAGGUGCUUCUAUCCAGGAGGAACUAGGUAUCCCCUGCCAGACGGGAGGAGUCUUCCAGGAGAUUGCAAGAGGUCUGAGGUACCACUUCUACAGACUGGUCAAGGGACUGACCGCUCAGACAGAGGCUAAAGCGCAACUUGGUCUGGGUCACAGCUACUCAAGGGCAAAGGUCAAGUUCAACGUGAACAGAGCAGAUAACAUGAUCAUCCAAUCCAUCUGUCUUCUUGAUCAACUGGAUAAGGAUAUCAAUACAUUCUCAAUGAGAAUCAAAGAAUGGUACUCCUAUCACUUUCCAGAACUUGUCAAAGUAGUUCCGGACAACGCACUCUACGCCAAGGUUGCCCACUUCAUCAAGAACCGUAAGGAGCUUACUGAUGAGUCUCUUGAAGCCCUGGAAGAGUUGACCAUGGACAGUGGCAAAGCUCAGGCCAUCUUGGAUGCAUCACGCUCGUCUAUGGGUAUGGACAUUUCUCCCAUUGACUUGAUCAACAUUGAGAGGUUUGCUACCAGGGUGAUUGCUCUUACAGACUACAGGAAGAGUUUACACACUUAUCUCCAGGACAAGAUGCACGCUGUUGCUCCUAAUCUUUCAGCACUCAUCGGUGAACAGGUUGGUGCUCGUCUAAUAUCCCAUGCUGGUAGUCUGACCAAUCUAGCCAAGUACCCAGCUUCAACUGUACAGAUUCUUGGAGCCGAGAAGGCACUCUUCAGAGCUCUGAAGACCCGUGGCAACACCCCCAAGUAUGGUCUCAUCUUCCAUUCUACAUUCAUUGGCAGGGCGGGGCAGAAGAACAAAGGUCGCAUCUCUCGCUACCUUGCCAACAAGUGCUCCAUGGCCUCAAGAAUAGACUGUUUCUCAGACAUACCCAAUUCAGUAUUUGGUGAGAAAUUAAAGGACCAAGUUGAAGAGAGGCUGUCAUUCUACGAGACUGGAACAGCUCCACGAAAGAACAUUGAUGUCAUGCAGGAAGCUCUCAUUCAAGUCAAAGAAGUGGAGGCAGAAUUGGCACGCAAGAAGAAGAAAGAGAAAAAGAAGAAGAGGAAAGCGUCAGAGGUUCAAGAACCACCUCCUGAAGAAGAAGAGGAGGUCGAAGAGGAGCAACCCAAAAAGAAGAAGAAAAAGACGAAGGUCGAAGCUGAGCCAGAGCCAGAACAAAUGGAGACAGAAACACCCAAAAAGAAGAAGAAAAAGAAGAAGGAGCAGGCAGAGGAAGAGGCGGAGGAGGAAAAAGAAGAGGUGGAAGAUACUCCAAAAGAGAAGAAGAAGAAAAAGAAGAGUCUUGGUGGAGAGGAACAGAUUGCGAAUGUAGAACCUGAAGAGGAUGAGGUGACAGAGACAGUUGUCAAAAAGAAGAAAAAGAAGAAGAAGAGUCUCCCAGAAUAACUUCACAUUUCAAUUCAUUACAGUCCAUAUGCUAUUGCUUUUUACUUUUUAAGAUUUUACAGAGAGUACUCAAGCGCUUAAUAUCAUGUAUAUGUAUAUUAUAAAUUUACUUCUUGUAAUUCUGACCCUUAAAAAAUGAUUUAUUUGAAACAAGCUUUAAAUUUUGCCCUUCUUCUUCUCUCCUUAAAAGAUUGGUUACUAGCUGCAAGUAUCCUCAUGGGGUACCAAAAUCAAUGAUAGUACUUUGAUUCAACUGCAGCUCCUUGUAAAGGGAUAUCCCCUUUAUUAUUAGCAGGUAAUAUUGAUUUCUUUGGGGAUUUGCAUUUAUUAUUAACUUGCUUGAAAAUGGAUCAAUUUGAUGUUCAAUCUGAGUUCAUCAAAUAUUUUCAUCUUUCACAUUUCAUAUGUCCACAUUAUAUGAUUUGUAGCAUGUUUUUCUAAUCAUAUUGUUAUGUUUUGGAGGGGGUUUUGUCCUCUUUUAUUUUGUGACCUUUUCUUAUAUGUAAAUAGAUCAAUUAUUUUUGUCGACACAAGGAUUGGUAAACCCUUUAAUACUAAACUGAUUGAGAUAAAUUAUGGCAGUUUAAUUCAUUUUAGUAGAUACUUAAUGAAAUGAAUUCUGAAGUUCCUUUUCGUAAUUAUGCACACAGAUUCAGUGCAUUAUUAUUUUACUACUUGAUCGCAUGAGCUUGGGGCAGCUUCAUAAACAGAUAAGUGACAAAGUUGCCCUUGUAAGGG